UCCUUCUUGAUCAGAAUUAGCUCCAAAGUAGUAGAAGUUACCUUGUUACUUUCUCUGUCUUCUUAAAUGAAAAGCUGUCAGCGUAGCAAGCCAGGAACCAAUAUGUCUUCUCCAACACCAGAUUUCUUGCUAACAUACAUGCAUUUUAUUUUCAGAGAACAUUUAUUCAAACAUUUUUGCCAUUCCCUAAUUCUUAUAAAAUGUGAAUACUUUCCAUAUUAUUAUCUAAGCUUAUUUCACAUGAAAUCAUUGAAUGACAGCAAAAAAUGUAGUUGAGUCACUAUUCUGAAGAUUUGCAAAGAUUCUUAUUCACUAGCAAAAAAUGUUAACACUAUUAUUAACCAAGAAGUUCUAUAUAGACUGGAACUCCAAAGGCCAAACAGUACCCAAUUAUAAGCUACAUAAUUAGGCUCUGUCAUUUUAAUAAAAGAUAUUUAGAUUCAACUAUUAUUUGUUGAGCAGCCAUUAUGUGCUAUAUCUUUUCCUGGACUUAAAAUCCUUUCCUCCCAACACUGUUACCAGUUUUAAAGGUCAAGACAACGAGUCAAGCUUUGGACUUUUAAAGUUCUUCAACCCUACUAGCUGGUCACUUUUGGCAAAUAAUUUCAUUUUUCUGAAGCUGUUUUCUGUUUUGAAAAGUAGGAAUAAUAUGAGUUGCCUGACUGAGCAAUUGUAGGAAUCAAGGUAAUCUAUGGAAAUAAUUUAGUCAGUAUGAGUGAGACACAGAAAAUAUUUUUCUUUCCUUCAUGAUCUAUUAAUCCUACAAAAUGCAUUUACAAGCAAUUCCCACAUCAGCUCAAUUCUGGAAAAUUUAAGGAAUUAUUUUUUUACGUGCUGAAGUUCAGGAUCUCAGCUUAUCAGCAUCAGAGCCAAAGCCACGUCUAUUAUCUCACGUAAACAGAAAAGCUGUGCAAGUGGCCCCUAUAUGGCUGGGCUGUUGGCAAUGUAUCCUUAGCAACUAGUAAGAGUGUUCUCAAAAAUGAAUGCUGGGGAAGAGGGGAGCUCACAAAUUAUUCUUGCCUCCAGAUAUCUUAAUUUUAUUCAUUGCCAGUUUUUCAGAGCUUGGGUAAAAUCUCACAAGUAGGGCCAGGACUGGGAUGAGGCAACUGAGGUGUCUAGGGUGCAAAAUGUGAGUUGUCUAGACACCAGAGGUGUUUAGGAGGCACUCACUCUCUGGGGUAUGUGAGAUUUCAACACCAAUGACUUUUUCCUUCCUAGUUGCUGUAUCAUGAGAAUGUUUGGCCUUAUUAUUUUUUAAAGCUGUACUUAUUUACCGAAGAGUGGCCAGUUGUCUUAGUGAUGCAAGAGAUUCAGAAUGGGAAAGAAAAAGUCAGCGUUACCCUAGUCAGUUUUGAUUAAACUCCUUUGAAAUCCAUGUUGGAGUUUAAAUGCCCAUUCUUGAGGGAUUCUUGAUGUAGAGGAGGCCCCUCCAAAGCUUUAAGCACAUGUCCAGAGCAAGGGGGAGCUUUUCAGGUGUUAUUUUGUCUUGUUUUGUUUUUUGCCAGCUCCUACUCUCCAGCUUCCAAAUCUGGGGCGAUGUCUCCCCAGGUUAAAUUGCCCUAGCUCCUGCUCCAGAUCGCUUCCCCUCUGCCCCGGCAGAGCCCAGUAGUUCAAAAAUUAAAUUUGGGGCAAGAGGUGCGUGCCAGAGCGCAGCUGUUUCUGGAGCCUGCGGCAGCGGUGGCGAGCCACAGGGCGGCGACCGUGAGCUCCGGGAGCUGCGCAAACACCUGGAGACCAUGUCUGAGGAUGCGACCAGGACCCUGGGGAAAGGAAGCCAGCCCCCAGGGCCAGUCCCGGAGGGGCUGAUCCGCAUCUACAGCAUGAGGUUCUGCCCCUAUUCUCACAGGACCCGCCUCGUCCUCAAGGCCAAAGACAUCAGACAUGAAGUGGUCAACAUUAACCUGAGAAACAAGCCUGAAUGGUACUAUACAAAGCACCCUUUUGGCCACAUUCCUGUCCUGGAGACCAGCCAGUGUCAACUGAUAUAUGAAUCUGUUAUCGCUUGUGAGUACCUGGAUGACGCUUAUCCAGGAAGGAAGCUGUUUCCAUAUGACCCUUAUGAACGAGCUCGCCAAAAGAUGUUAUUGGAGCUAUUUUGUAAGGUCCCACAUUUGACCAAGGAGUGCCUGGUAGCAUUGAGAUGUGGGAGAAAAUGCACUGAUCUGAAGGCAGCCCUGCGUCAAGAAUUCGGCAACCUGGAAGAGAUUCUUGAGUAUCAGAACACCACCUUCUUUGGUGGAACCUGUAUAUCCAUGAUUGAUUACCUCCUCUGGCCCUGGUUUGAGCGGCUGGAUGUGUAUGGGAUACUGGACUGUGUGAGCCACACGCCAGCCCUGCGGCUCUGGAUAUCAGCCAUGAAGUGGGACCCCACAGUCUGUGCUCUUCUCAUGGAUAAGAGCAUUUUCCGGGGCUUCUUGAAUCUCUAUUUUCAGAACAACCCUAAUGCCUUUGACUUUGGGCUGUGCUGAGUCUCACUGUCCACCCCUUAACCGUCCAGAAUUCCCCAGCCUGUUGGGAGUCUACAUCACGGAUUGUCUUGGGAAUCAAUCCAUCUCUCUUUCUUUUCUUUGAAGUUCCCAAUAAAAUGAAAACAGGAAAUGUA